ACGUCGCUCUUUACCAUUGCAGCUUUCAUUUCUUCCUUGUUUUGGUUCAUAAGACGAUCAUCACAUUGCUCGCAUUCACUCUUGUUUCUAAACCCAGAGCCUUCGAUUCCUAGUUAAGUUGCCCCAGUUGAUUUUGGAUUUUGAGGUUGCCCAAUUCGGGUGUUUGAGAUGCAUUCUUCGAAAAGCGAGGAUUUCAGUGCCCUAAAGGUGGGAUCUGAAGGUGGAGCAUUGGAUUUAAAGCUGAAGAAGAGUAGUGGAAAUCUAAGCACUAAUGAUAUGCUUAGAGCUGAUAAAAUUGAUAUGAAGAGUUUAGAUGCCGCGCUAGAAAGGCACUUGAGCAGGGUUUUCUCCCGAGUCACCGAGGCGAAAAGGCCUAAAGAAGAAUGGGAGAUUGAUCUGAGCAAAUUGGAGUUACGACAUGUGGUUGCUAGAGGGGCCUAUGGCACUGUUUACAGGGGCACAUAUGACAACCAAGAUGUUGCUGUGAAAGUAUUGGACUGGGGUGAGGAGGGUGUUACAACUGCUGCUGAAAUUGCUGGUUUACGAGCAUCAUUUCGGCAGGAGGUUGGGGUUUGGCAAAAACUUGAUCAUCCAAAUGUCACAAAAUUUAUUGGAGCUUCAAUGGGUACUUCAGAUCUUCAGAUUCCUAUAGAUGCUGGUGGUCAAGAUUCCCUUCCUUCCAAGGCAUGUUGCGUCAUUGUUGAGUUUCUCCCUGGUGGGACUUUGAGACAAUUCUUGUUUAAAAAUAGGCGAAAGAAACUUGCAUACAAGGUUGUGAUUCAACUUGCUUUGAAUCUCGCUCGAGGUCUUAGUUAUCUACAUUCAAAGAAAAUUGUUCAUCGCGAUGUGAAAAGUGACAAUAUGUUGUUUGAUGCUAAUGAAAAUUUGAAAAUAACCGAUUUUGGAGUUGCUCGGAUUGAAGCUGCAAAUCCGUGUGAAAUGACGGGCGAAACUGGAACCAUUGGGUAUAUGGCGCCGGAGGUUCUAAAUGGUAAGCCUUAUGACAGAAGGUGUGAUGUCUACAGCUUUGGCAUGUGCUUGUGGGAAAUCUAUUGUUGUGACUUGCCUUAUCCAAAUUUAAGUCUUGUUGAACUUUCAGCUGCGGUCGCUAAUAAGAAUUUGCGACCAGAUAUUCCUAGAUGUUGUCCCAGCGCCUUGGCAAGUGUUAUGCGGAAGUGUUGGGAUCCAAAACCAAGUAAGCGAACAGAAAUGCAUGAAGUGGUGAGAAUGUUAGAAGCAAUUGAUACAAGCAAAGGAGGUGGAAUGAUACCUGAUGAUCAUGUUCAAUUUUGUUUUUGUCUUGCACCUGUUCGCGGUCCUUAACUCUUUUAUAUUCAAUUUAGUGUAAAUAAGUAGGUAUUGUCUUUGGAAAUCUAGAUAGGAGGCAAGUUGCAGUAAGAUUGUGUAGUAAGAUUGUGUACAACCCCCUUAUGCAGGAUCUUGACCAUUGGUUUUUAUUUUUAUAGGUCAAGAUUGUUGCAUGAAAAAUAAUUUAAUUAGAAUAGAAAUGUUUAACCUUUAAU